AUGGGGAAAGGAAGAGCACCAUGUUGUGACAAGAACAAAGUGAAGAGAGGACCAUGGAGCCCUCAAGAAGAUCUUACUCUCAUCACUUUCAUUCAGAAGCAUGGCCAUCACAACUGGAGAUCUCUCCCCAAGCUUGCUGGAUUGAUGAGAUGUGGCAAGAGUUGCCGACUGAGAUGGAUAAACUAUUUGAGACCGGACGUGAAGCGAGGCAACUUCACCGAAGAGGAGGAAGAUGCCAUCAUCCACUUCCAUAAAACCCUUGGCAACAAGUGGUCUAAGAUAGCAUCAUUCUUGCCUGGAAGAACGGACAACGAGAUCAAGAACGUGUGGAACACUCAUCUAAAGAAACGACUCUCUCCCAAUUCAUCACCGUCCUCUUCUUCUUCAUCUAUCUCUUGCACUGACCAUGAUGAUGACAAGAACUGUGACACUGAACUUCAAGAAGAAAGGCAUUCGUGCCAAGAAGACUCACCUUUUUCAUCUCAUCUCCAAGAAAAUUGUAUGCACACAGAACCAGAGCUUCAUGAGGUUAAUGAACUCCACGACAUCGAACUCCUUCUCGAGCAUGAAGACUUCGAUGAUAUUACCUCCACGUUUCUUGAAACAGAUGACAUGUUAUUUCAAGAACAACCACUAGAAUCAUUUCCUCAAUAUCACCACCAGAUUGAUCACAUAAUUUCAACCGAGUUUCACAAUACAUGCGGAGCGACUCAAGAGGUAACCAACGAGCAAUCAUUUGAUCAUCCUCAUCAACCGGAUAAUAUUCCAUGCGGAGUAGAAGAAACAAACCAAGAAUUUGACUUGUGGACACAACUGGUUGAAUCAAGCUCGCCUACCCCUACGUUUAGCCCUAAUAAUGAUGAGGAGUACAACGAGUGGUUCAACUUUAUCGACAACCAAACUUACUUUGAUGACUUUACUUUGGUCGGACAAGUAUGUCUUUGA